UUUAGAUGGCAGCCUCCUGUCAAACACGCGUGUGUUUUGAUUCUCACAUGUAAGGUUUCUCGGCAAAAUACUGGCAAAAUGGGUAAAAUACUGGAUGAUGUCGUGGAUGGUGGCGGAAUAGAAGUGAUCAUUCAGCAUGAAAAGGACAAAACGGCACCGCGGUGUCCACAUGGACCAGCUCUGUUGUUCGAGAAAACUGGAAAUGGUGAGGACAAGGGAAGGAGAUUUUAUGCGUGUUCUGCUUGUCGGGACAGAAAAGACUGCAACUUUUUUCAGUGGGCAGACGAAAAGAUAUCUGAGGCAAGGAUGCUUGCCAGAGAACAACAGAACUGUUCCAAGAUGCCUCUUUUCAGUCAUCAGGAACACUGCUCCAGAUUUAGAGAGUUUGUUGGUCUCCCACUGGAGCAGAGAAGGUUCUGUGUGGACUGUCAGCUGCUGAUUCUUCCCGGGGAAUGGGCGAAUCAUGCCAAACACAAGGCACUUUCUGAGGACAUCACAGUGCAGCAAUUGAAAAGGCCCAGUCUACUUCUGUGUCCGCUAGAUAACAAGAAGAGUCAUGCACAGUAUCUGUUUGCGGAUCGGAGCUGUCAUUUUCUUCUGGAUAUGCUCUUGGGGUUAGGUUUCCAGAAAAUUCUCUGUGUCGGGACACCACGAUUACAUGAGUUGAUCAAGUUACGAAAUACGGAGGGCAAGAGUCCUGCGAUGAAGAGUUUAUUGCUGGAUAUUGAUUACAGGUAUUGCCAGUUUUAUGGGCAGGAAGAGUUCUGCCAGUAUAAUAUGUUCAACCAUCUUUUUGAUGAUGAGGAAGCUCUCAUGUUUUUUCAAGGCUUUCUGCGUGAGGAGGAAGGAGCCAAGGUAGCCAUGAUAACAGACCCCCCAUUCGGAGGCCUAGUGAAGCCGCUAGCCAACAGCUUCUCUCAGAUGGCAAUCACCUGGAAAAUCUGAAUAAAAUAUGCGAUGAAGGUCAGAUGCCAAUGAUAUGGAUUUUCCCAUACUUCUUCGAAUCCCGUAUCCUGGAGUGUUUUCCCUCCUUCUCUAUGCUGGAUUACCAGGUUGAUUAUGAUAAUCAUCCUCUAUAUAAACAUGGAAAGACAGGCCGUAAGCAGUCACCUGUUCGCCUUUUCACGAAUCUGAGCCCUAAAGAUAUCAUUCUACCAGAGGAUGAAGGUUACAGGUGCACAAAAAUCAUUUUUGAUCGGAAGAGAUGCAUAAAAAAAAGUCUUAAAAUUCAUAGGAUUAAACGUGGCAUUUCAUUAUUUGAUU